CUAAAAGCAUCCGAAAACCCUUCCUCAAUUAACUCACCCCCCUUCGCCGCCGAAGAGAAGGUUUCUCCGUUAAACCAAAGUUAAUCUACCAAGCCUGGAUCUCCUCGUGAGCGUCUCGUUCAACGAUGAGUACCGGUGCGUCCCCGACCUUGGCCAAUCUGGACUUAGAGGCAGAUGGAGCUUCCCCGUGGGGUGAUGAGAGGUCUAUAAACACAAGCACACCUCCCAUUAGCCUCCCUCGUGACGACUCCGCCGAUGCAUUCAGAGAUUCUAGAUCAGAAACCAAAGAGUCUAAACUGAACAAAGAUGUGGGAGAGCCAUCCCCUUUACCAUCAACCAGGACCUCAGUCGCUCGUCGUAACCCUCGCCGCCCCGGUCGUCAUGUCGCCCGCAUAGAAGCCAUCGACGAUGACCUCGGGCCGCUAGGCCCCCUUGGAGACAAUUUCAACGAUAAUAUAGACACCGCCCCGGCCGCGAAAUCCCGCCAUGAUUCUCCGCCCGAACCUCCACAGAAGGAAGAUUCUCCCCGUAUGGCUAGAGCUAUACCUGGAGCUCAAAACCGGAUGUCCCUGACCGGAGAUUCAAUGGAUACUGUUCCUUUGGAUGAUUCUGGAGUCGAGGUGCAUGAAGGUGGAUAUAGGAGACCACCAGCUACAGACUUUGCUCAGAUUGUGGGGAGGGAAGCUCUUGGGGAGUCUCUCCCUCCUCCUAAACCAGCUGGCGAUCAACCGGCGAGCCCAUCCUUUGAAAUACAUGUUGGCGACCCUCAUAAGGUCGGAGAUUUGACGAGUGCUCACACUGUUUAUCAAGUUCGGACAAAGACUACAUCCAAGGCUUACAGAAACAGCGAAUUUACGGUUAGCCGUCGAUAUCGUGAUUUCUUAUGGCUCUACCAGGCGCUGAUCAAUAACAACCCGGGGGUGGUUGUCCCGCCGCCUCCAGAGAAGCAGGCAGUUGGCCGAUUCGACGAUAACUUUGUCGAAUCGAGAAGAGCUGCGCUAGAACGGAUGUUGAAUAAAACUGCAGCCCAUCCAAUGCUGCAACACGACGCAGAUCUCAAGCUGUUCUUGGAGUCAGAAGCAUUGUCAGGUGACAUCAAGCACAAAGAAAAGCAGGUACAGCCCGUGGGGGAGAACAAGGGAAUGUUUGGUUCUCUCGGCGGUGCAUUUGGUGGGGGUGGCAAAUUCAUUGAAAAUGAUGAGUGGUUCCUCGACCGCAAACACUACUUGGACACUUUGGAAAGCCAACUCAAAGCUCUGCUCAAAUCUGUUGACACGGUGAUCAAACAACGCAAAGACCUAGCUGAUGCCGCGAACGACUUUAGCUCCUCCCUACAAGCUCUCUCAACAGUAGAACUAAACAAAUCCCUCUCCAACCCCCUUGAAUCUCUCUCGUACCUACAAAUCCGCAUCAAAGAGCUUCACGAACGUCAAGCACAGCAAGACGUCCUAACCUUAGGCAUAACUGUGGAAGAAUAUAUCCGGAUCAUAGGCUCUAUCAAGCUCGCCUUCAAUCAGCGACAGAAGGCAUUCCAUACUUACCACGCCGCAGACGGGGAACUAGCCAAGCGAAGAGUAACAUAUGAGAAGCUGCAAAGACAAGGCAAGACACAACAGGAUAGGUUAACCCAGAUGAGCGCAGAGGUUAGCGAUAGCGAGAAGAAGUUACACGCUGCUAGGGUUGCGUUCGACAACAUGGGGAGAACCCUGAGGGCGGAAUUGGACAGGUUUGAGAGGGAGAAGGUGGAGGAUUUUAAAAGUGCUGUUGAAACAUUCUUGGAGAGUUCUGUGGAGGCGCAGAAGGAGCUCAUCGAGUUGUGGGAAACCUACCUAAUGCAACUGGACCGUGAGGAGGAGGAAGAGUCAGGAUAUAGGCCUGCGGAAACUGCAUAAUUAUCCAGGAUCGACUAGUUGCGGAAGGUGGAGAGGGUUGAGGCCGGAAAAUGGGGGGGAGAGAGAGGAGGGCCCUUAUGAGAUACCAAGGGCGUGAUUCCCUGGCGGCCGCGAAAAAAAUGCUUCAUUCCCAUUUGCUUGUACUAGUAAAUAUAAGGUCUCUGUAAGUCGUGGGAAUAUAUCACUUCUGCUGCUGCUGCUGCCGAACACCCCUCUCAAGGUUUUGUUAGGACGAUUUGGUCUAGUUUGGUAAAUU